AUGAAUAAAUCUAUAAGUAAGAGUUUGGCUUAUGAUGUUAUACCCAGUGAGAUAUGUAAAAUGAACCAAAAUGUUCAAAAUGAAGCCAAAGCCAGUGAUGAGAAGGGUCAGAAACAUCGUUCUAGGGGAUUAACAAGAGAUACAAGAGCUACUGUUAUGCAAGUUUUGGAUGCAAGGACUUUAAAUAUAUUAAAAAAGCUUCAAAAUCGUGGAAUUUAUUCAAAAUUAUAUGGGACGAUAAGCACAGGGAAAGAGGCUAACGUUUAUAAAGCAACUAGUACAUUGAAGGAUAUAUUGAAUUAUGGUAAAUAUCUAGAGGAUAGAAACCAUUUAACUUAUAAUGAAUAUGAGCUCCUUGAAAAAUUAAAAGAAUUUAAUCUUACUCACGUGGAUAGAGCAAUAAAAGUUUUUAAAACAUCCGUUCUUAGCUUUAAGGAUAGAUCAAAAUAUAUAGAGGGUGAGUUUAGAUUUAGAAGGGGUUACUCCAAAUCAAAGAAUCCUCGCAAGAUGGUGACACAGUGGUGUGAAAAGGAAUUUAGGAACUUGAGGAGGAUACUUGUUUCUGGAAUAAGAUGCCCAAUUCCAAUUGAAGUUAGAAAACAUAUUCUUGUAAUGUCCCUAAUUGGGGAUAUUACUCAAACUAAAGAUAUUGUAGAUGAGUCUGAAUUUGCAAAUGGUAAUUAUAUUUUUACCUUUGCAGAAAUUGUAGCUCCACGAUUAAAGGAUGCUCUGCUAGAUAUAGGAGAAAGAGAAUGGAUUCGAUUAUAUGUUGAAAUGAUUGGAAUUAUGUUUAUUAUGUUUACAGAGUGCCAUUUAAUUCAUGGAGAUAUGUCUGAGUAUAAUAUAUUGUAUUACAAAGGCCACUUAUACGUUAUAGAUGUAUCACAAUCUAUGGAACAUGAUCAUCCUUUAGGAUUAGAAUUCCUAAAAAGAGAUUGUAUAAAUGCAACAGAAUUUUUCAGCAAAGUUUUUCAAAGUAAGAAAUUUACUGAUACCUGCACAUAUUCAGAAAGUAAUAUUAAAAAAGAAGGAAAUAACAUAGCUUUAGAACCAUAUCAAUGCCUUUUUUUGACAAAUUUUAGUGCAACUUCACUAUUAUUAACACCACUUGAACUUUACAAUAUUAUUUUAAGUGGUAAAAUUCAAGAUCUUGCUAUUAUUUCAGAAAUCCCAGAAGAUACCAAAGAUAUUGAUAAGAUCAUUUUAGAUAUACUUGAAGUGAAGGAUAAUCAAUUUAUCUGGCCAUACAACGAUCUGAUGGAACGUCAACUCUCACUAUAUACUUCUUUUCAGCCAUAUCAAGAGAACUCUAUUUUGGAUAAAGCUAAUAAUGUACAAAAAACAUACCUAUUAUUCCUUAGAUAUUUAGUUACACGCUGCUUUAAUCAAAGAAAUUCUAUAGAAACUAAUUUAAGCAACUUGCAUCUAGAAAAUCAAGAAACUGAAUAUGAAAAAAGUGUAUUUUUAGAGACCUGGAUUCCAUAUAAUUUAAGCCAGAUAAAUGAUAGGAAAACUUUAGAAAAAGAACUUGAUAGAAAAGAACGUGGAGAAGAUCUUUUAUAUGGACACUUACUACCCAAUCCUAAGGAUUCUACAUCUCAGUCUUCUGAAUACUCUGAGUGUUUCAGUAAUUCAGAUGAAUCUGAUACUUCAGAAAUAUCUAGUUUAUCAAAUUUAAGUAAAUUAUCUGAAAGAUUCCUUGAUAGUGAUUCUUCAGAAGAUGGUAGUUCAAGUAAUUUACAGGGAGACCAAAAGCAUCAAGCAAAGUUUGACGGAUGUAUACCUACUGGAAUGUCACGGAAGGAAUGGAAACAGAGAGUAAAGGAAGAAAAUCGCCUGAAACGAAUGAAUAAAGUUCCUAAGCAUAUUAAACAGAAAAAGAAAAAGCAAAGGAAGAAAACACAACAAAAAAAAAACUAA